AUGAUGAAAGAAUAGAAAUUUUAGAAUUAUGUAAUAGGAUGGAAAACCAGAUAAGUAUAAAUGCCCAUAAUGAGAAAAUAAGACAAGUUCAUUAGAUUGUUGCAAAAAAUAUAAGAUCCAACUAAAUAACCAAAUAAUAUUAAUUAACUUUUAAUAUAAAGGAAUUAUAAUUAUGUUAAAAGAAGGAUUCUGAAUACAGAGAUGAUAUAAUAAAACCUAGUUGGAAUCACUGUUUUACCAGAUGCAAUGAAAUACAAAAAAAUUCCACAAGUAGAUGAAUGUUAGCACCAAAAUAAUUAAAAAGCAUAGACAAAAAUUAUCUUCUUACUCAAUAAAAGAUAAACAAAUUCAUUUGUGUUUAGAAAUUUAUUAUUUAAAUAAUUAUUAUGUUACCAAACCUGUAUCAUAAAAGACUACCAUCAUAGAUGCAAUUCUUUGGCAAGAUUUGUUUGA